AUGAGACACACUUGUGGCCGGGACUCGUCAGAUAAAGCCGUUAUUGUUUGCAAAAAGCAGCCAAAAACAACAGAGAAAAACUGUUGCUCAGUCAAAAAACUGCCUGCAGACAAAGACUUUAGCCAUCUCUGUGAGAAAGAUGGGCAGCAAAAAAUCAAACGCUUGAAAACCCGUAAGGAAAGAAGUCAGCUGAGAGCGGAUUGGAAAGAGACUUCAAAGACCAAAUCACAUAUCCGUCACAUCUGUCGCCACAUCAGCACCGACGUGGCGAGUCUCCAGACCUGCUGUCACUGGAAUUCAAAGAAAAAUGCAUCAAUUUCAAGUGCUGUUCCUGCUGCACAUGAGCCCAGCAUAAUCACAGACAGCCGACUUAUAGGACACCAUGGCCUGUUCAAUCACGAGGUGAAAUCCAUUGACAUUGAACGUCUACUUAGUGAGAAAAGCAAAUGUGAUCAGACUGGACAGCAAGUGAAAGAUAAGAAUGAGAAUACGUCUAACCUGUCUCUCACGUCUCAAAUUCUGGCUCCACUUUCCACUGAUAGUUUGUUGGUAGUUGAUGCUAAUGAUGAUGUGCCAUUAAAAAUGAAAACUAAUCCUACUACAAAGGCCAGCAGUGACUGCCAAGAGACAGAUGGGAAAAUCCUUCCGUUGGGUAAUCCAGGAUCUGAUAUCACACCAGGUCAGAGAGAGCAGCAACAUGUUGAGGUCUCAUCUGAAGGUGUUAGAAGCAUCCUGUCCCCUAAACAAAGCUCGCACAGAGUAGAUAAGACAAAAAGCACCAACCAUGUUACACCUGAAAAGGACAACGAGUCACAGCAGACCCCUUUUACUAAGAGAGGCCUUGCGAAGACGUCAAACAGGAAGGUGAAGAGGCGCAUUAUUUCUGGUCUUAAUCAGCCUGAAGAGAACCAAAGUCAACAAACAGAUGAUGACAACACAAGUCCUCUUCAAAUGUUCCUCUCUGCCACUUCUGACGGCUUUGAUGCACAGCACAGAGGACCAGACUCGGAGGACAUGUCAAAGUCUGUCAGUGCUCUGGCUUCGCGUUUCAGUGAGUGUUUGAGUGUCCCACAUCGGACAAGGAGGAACCUGGUGUCAGAGUGCAGAGCGAUACUGGCCAAAUCCAUGCAGGAGAGCCACGGACCCAGGCUACAAGAAAACCUCCAUCAGGUGCAGCAGUGUGUGAGAUUUGGUGUGGAUCCCACACAGGCUGUCCCAGACCAGCAGCCUGAAAAAGAUGCACCUGAGUGGUCAACAAAACCUGUGAAUGAAUCCACUGACCCAGGUUUUUCUACUCAGUUCUACAUGGAUUUUGAGCCAUGUGCAGUCCCGCCAAGUAAUGUGUUUGCUUGCUCUCCACCAUCCUGUAUUGAACGAAAAGACUUUGCCUCUGAGCUCUGGCAAGACAGUGUCAACAUGUCAAAUGGCAAAGACACAGGCCUAUUUGAUUCAUUUGAGAGCAGCUUUAUAAACCCCACCAAAGAUUCUGGAGAGAGCAGCUUUGGGCAACAGGACAAUUACAACAACAUUCAAUUCUCCUUUCCUUACCGAGGACAGCUGCUUGACAGACGUUCAGAAAAACCACUGAAAAUUGCUCAGGGAUACAGCCCAAUUGGAACUGGCUCACAUGCUUUUGCUUCCUCAUUCCCUUCUCAGUUUCACCACAUUCCUCAGGGUAAUCACUACCAGCCUUUAAGUCAGUUGAAUCAGCAUUCGACUGGCCCAAAACUCAGGUCCCAUCACACUGACAUGAUGCAAUACCCCCCCUCUUACAUGCUUGAAAAAAGCCCAGCACCUUCAUCUUCAUUUCUGAGCCCUGAGCAGUGGUUCUUCCCUCCAAUGAGGCUGUACUGA